UGUGUUAUUUCUCUUCUUCAGGUGUCAGGCUGGUUGGAGGUUCUCGCUGCUCUGGGAGGUUAGAGAUACUUCAUGAUCAGACGUGGAUGUCAGUGUGUGACGCUGCCUUUGACCAGCAGGAUGCAGAGGUUGUGUGUAGAGAGCUGGACUGUGGGGCUCCUGUACAGGUGCUGGGAGCAGCUGCUUUUGACAAAGGAGACACUCAGAUGUGGACACAAGAGAUUCAGUGUAGAGGAAAUGAAUCUCAGAUUCACCUUUAUCCAACAUCACCAUCACAUGAAAACAACUGUUCACAUGACAGUAAUGUUGGUCUUGUGUGUGCAGACCGUGUGAAUGUGAGGUUGGUUGGUGGUCACAGUCGCUGUGCUGGUAGAGUGGAGGUUUUUUAUAGAGGUCAGUGGGGAACAGUGUGUGGUGAUGACUGGGAUUUGGCUGAUGCUGCAGUGGUGUGUAGAGAACUGGACUGUGGAGAACCUGUAGAUGCUCUGAGUGAUGCUCAUUUUGGACCAGGAUCAGGACCAAUCUGGAGUUUUGUCAUGUGUACUGGAUCAGAGUCUACACUGAAGAACUGUGGAACUUCAAGUCAUCCUUGUGAUCAUAGUAGAGAUGCUGGAGUCAUCUGCUCUGAUCAUAAACAUUCCAGACUUACUGAUGGGCUUCACUUGUACUCUGGAAGAUUAGAGGUGACUCAUGGUAACACCUGGGGCACAGUGUGUGACGCUGCCUUUGACCAGCAGGAUGCAGAGGUUGUGUGUAGAGAGCUGGACUGUGGGGCUCCUGUACAGGUGCUGGGAGCAGCUGCUUUUGGCAAAGGAGACACUCAGAUGUGGACACAAGAGAUUCAGUGUAGAGGAGAUGAGUCUCAUAUUUCAUUGUGCUCAAUAUCGUCAUCAAACAAACACAACUGCACCAGUGACAAUAAUGUGGGCCUGAUAUGUUCUGGUUACACUAAGGCCAAACUUAUGAAUGGUUCUGACUCCUGUUCUGGAAGAGUGGAGCUUCAGUUUCUCAAUGAGUGGGGCACAGUGUGUGAUGCAUGCUGGGAUAUGAGAGCUGCCAGUGUCCUCUGUAGACAGCUGAAUUGUGGGAUUGCUGUGUCUGUUGUGGGAUCAGACUGGUUUGGAGAGGGAAGUGGUAAAUUCUGGGCUGAUGUGUUUGAUUGUGACGGGAAUGAAACAAAACACUCAGAAUGUUCCAUCUCUUCAUGGAGUCGAGCUGAAUGUUCUCAUAGACAAGAUGUUGGAGUCAUCUGCUCUAGUUCCUCUCUGGCUCUUCAUGAUGGUCUGGUGCGGUUGUCUGGAGAGAGACAGUGUGAGGGGGAGGUGGAAGUUUUCAUCCAUCAGGUCUGGAGGAGAGUUCUGCUGGACUCCUGGAGUCUCACUGAAUCAUCUGUGGUCUGCAGACAGCUGGGCUGUGGCUCUGUGCUGAAAUUUUACGGCUCCUCUUCAUCCAGUCCUAAACACAGUCAUGAGUGUGUGACGGGCUUCCAGUGCUCUGGGAGUGAAGCUCAUCUGGGGAACUGCAGCUUUCCACAAACUCUCAACUGCAGCUCCACACAACAGCUGUCAAUCACCUGCCUUGGUCGUGGGUCCAUCAGGCUGGUGGGUUCUGGGGGAGACUGUGCAGGGAGGCUGGAGGUUUUUCACAGUGGCUCAUGGGGGACAGUGUGUGAUGACUCCUGGGAUAUUAAAGAUGCCCAUGUGGUGUGCAGACAGCUGCAGUGUGGAGUGGCCCUCAGUAACCAGCAGGUACCAGCCUGGUUUGGUCCUGGUUCUGGAUCCAUAUGGCUGGAUGAGGUGGAGUGUGAGGGGAAUGAGACGUCCCUGUGGAGCAGCUCUUCUCCAGGCUGGGGAAAACAUAACUGUCUACACAAGGAGGAUGUAGGAGUUGUGUAUUUUAAAGAGAUCAGGUUAACUGAGGGCUGUGACGGGAAUGUGGAGGUUUUCUACAAUGGAUCCUGGGGUAAUGUGUGCUGGAACAAGAUGGACAGAAACACAGCGAGUCUGAUCUGUCAAGAGCUGAACUGUGGAAGAUCUGGUGUUUUGUCUGAUUCUACACCAAGAGUGAAAUCAGCUCCUAACUGGCUGGAUAAAGUGACAUGUCGACGACAUGACUCCACUUUAUGGCAGUGUCCAUCUUCACUCUGGGGACAGAAUGACUGUGAUGAAGAUGAAGUGGCCAAAAUCAUCUGCUCAGAGGAGGAAAAUUCUGAGUCUCCUUGUAGUCGUCUGAAAUGUUCAACAUCUCACCCUCGACAGUGUUCGAGUUAUUUGUCAGUGCUUGUUUGUGUGUGUGUUUUAGAUCAUGUUCCUUUCAGACUGAGUGGAGGGGAGGGCCGGUGCUCUGGGAGGCUGGAGGUGUAUCAUAACACUGUGUGGGGCUCAGUCUGUGAUGAUCAGUGGGACAUCAGUGAUGCUCAGGUGGUCUGCAGGCAGCUGGGUUGUGGAGCAGCACUGAGGGCUGAUGGGAAUUCAACCUUUGGUGCUGGUGAAGGUGUUGUGUGGAUGAACAAAGUCGAGUGCAGAGGGAAUGAGAUUCACCUGUGGGACUGUCCUCUCUCCCUGAAAAACCACACUGACUGCUCCCGCAAAGAGCACGCUGGACUCACCUGUGCAGAUUUGUCAGUGUCCACUACUCCUGACACAACAACAUCAGCUUCUCCUCCAGUUUCUUCUCCAGUGCUCUCAACAUCAGUCACUCUUUCACAAACUUCUCCAGCAGCAUUUCCUUCUGUCCCCCCAGAGCUUGUGAUUGUACUGGUAGUUGUGCUCUUACUGCUCUUAGUGCCACUGCUUAUACUGAUUCAGCAGAACAGAGUGAUGAGGAGAGCUCUCUCUAAGAGGAGACACAGGACGACGACUGAGGCCGUUUAUGAGGAGAUUCAGCACAGACACAAUCACUUCACUCAGAGGGAGAUGGUGAAUGAAAUCACACCGGAAUACUAUGAUGAUGUCAUCACUGAUGGACUGAAACCAGAUCAUGAGACAGAAGACAUACCUGAGAGCUAUGAUGAUGUCAUCACCCCUGAACACAACUCUGAUAUUAAAGUGGACACACCAGAGCAUUAUGAUGAUGUCAUCAUUAAUGGACAGGACUCUCAAGGUGUAACAGAGGCAGAUCAGGAGGAGUAUGAUGAUGUGAAGAACAGCAGUGAAGAUGAGAGAAACUUGUUUGUGUUGGGCUUUGAUGCUGUAAAUAAACUGGAGAGUUUCCUGUCUCCUGGUGUUGGGCCUCUUUCUCUCUCAUUAGGAGGAUGCCUGUACUUCUGUAUCAUCAGUGUGGAGAAGCUUGUACUGGGUGUUGAGUUAAUCAUGCUGAGGAUGAUGGGAAGAUGCCUGACACUCAUUUUACUGUCUUCACUUGUAAUACUCAUCACAGCUGAUCAUAGGAAUGUGAGGUUGGUUGGUGGUCACAGUCGCUGUGCUGGUAGAGUGGAGGUUCUUCAUAGAGGUCAGUGGGGAACAGUGUGUGAUUUUGGUUGGGAUUUGGCUGAUGCUGCAGUGGUGUGUAGAGAACUGGACUGUGGAGAACCUGUAGAUGCUCUGGGUGAUGCUCAUUUUGGACAAGGAUCAGGACCAGUCUGGAUGAGUGCUUUUUGUUCUGGAUCUGAGUCCACACUGAAGAACUGUGGGUCAGGAUGGGGUAAAAACAGAUGUGAUCGUUCUAAAGAUGCUGGAGUCAUCUGCUCAGGUAUAGUGCUGGGAGCAGCUGCUUUUGACAAAGGAGACACUCAGAUGUGGACACAAGAGAUUCAGUGUAGAGGAAAUGAAUCUCAGAUUCACCUCUGUCCAACAUCACCAUCAGUCAAAGGAAACUGUUCUCGGGAACAGAACAUUGGUUUGUUGUGUGCUGACAUAAUAAAUGUGAGGUUGGUUGGUGGUCACAGUCGCUGUGCUGGUAGAGUGGAGGUUCAUCAUAGAGGUCAGUGGGGAACAGUGUGUGAUGUUGGUUGGGAUUUGGCUGAUGCUGCAGUGGUGUGUAGAGAACUGGACUGUGGAGAACCUGUAGAUGCUCUGACUGAUGCUCGUUUUGGACAAGGAUCAGGACCAAUUUGGAUAAAAAAUGCAUUGUGUUUUGGAUCUGAGUCCACACUUAAGAAAUGUGGAUCUGUACCAUCGAUUUAUCCAGACAAUUGUCUUGAUAAAAAUGCUCAAGUAAUUUGUUCAGGUAAACUAAAAAUUCCAUAUUAUAGUACAAAACAAAAUUUAUAUACAACAUGUAUUUUUCUUUACGUUGCACAUGGAUCCGCCGCCUCAGUGGCCGGCUUACAGAAAACUUCGCCGUCGACGGAUCCAGCAACCGCUUCCGCCACGGAUGCACCGCCAGCUGAACCAGCCACCGUGCAACAACUCACUACGGAGUUAUCCGCACAGGCAUCAAGGCUCCUCGUUCACGAACAACAGUUGGAUCGCCUCACGGAUCUCACUGCUCAGCUGGUAAGAGCCCUGCAGGGCUUUCAGUCAGCGGCGCCACCCGCUUCUCCUUCCCCGAGUGCCCAGCCCGUCGCAUCAGGUCCACGCUUAGCAUUUCCUGAGAAGUUCGAUGGUACUGCUACCAAGUGUAAAGGCUUGCUCCUGCAAUGCUCAUUGUUCGUCAGUCAGCAACCGCAUCUGUACCCCACCGAUGAGUGUAAGAUCUCUUUCGUCACGUCGCUUCUCUCCGGACGGGCGCUGGAGUGGGCCACAGCUGUCUGGCGCCUGGAUCGCCCUACUUUCCCCUCAUUUGCUAACUUCCUGCAAGAGUUUAAGAAAGUCUUCCAACCCUGCACGGAGAGUGGAGAUGCUGGGGAGCAGAUCAUGGCGCUGAGACAGGGCAGAGGGACCGCCGCGGACUACGCGCUGAGCUUUCGGACCUUAGCCGCCCAGAGUGGAUGGAACGACGGCCCUUUGAAACUCCACUACCGCAAGGGUCUCCACCCGGACCUGCAGCUGGAACUGGCCUGUCGGGAUGAGGAUCUUAUCUUGGACCAAUAUAUAGAUCUCUCCAUUCGAGUGGACAACCUAAUGAGGUCUCGCAAACCAGUUCGACCAUUCCAUUCUACAUCCAUGUCGGCCCCCACCGGCGAAUCCGCAUCUGAGCCCAUGCAGCUAGGGGCUACUAAGUUAACCCAGGAGGAGAGGGAGAGACGGCUGCGUGGUAAUCUCUGCCUUUACUGCGGACUGGCCGGUCACAUUUGGGCCAACUGUCCCACUCGACCUCCUCGCCCAGCUCCCUCGGUGAGUCCCGAUAAACCUCCUACAAACUGUUGUCACCUCCCAGUAAAACUCUUGUUUGACAAUACUAGUGUGGAUACCACCGCCCUGAUUGACUCUGGCGCGGCUGGGAACUUUAUUGACGCUGGCUUCGUGAAGUCUAAUUAUCUGCCUCUUCUCUCUUGCUCUCCUCAUGUGGCAGUGGCCGCCCUCGACGGGCGACCGCUAGGAUCCGGAAAGAUUCAAUAUACCACUGACGACAUCCACCUGCAGAUUGAGCCCUCACACCGGGAAACCAUACGUUUCUUUGUCAUCACCUCACCUCAGACACCCGUCAUCUUGGGCUACCCCUGGCUCAACCAACAUGGACCCUCCGUCUCCUGGACCACUCGCACGAUCACCCACUGGUCACCCUACUGUCAAGAGCACUGCCUGAGCACCGCCUCCCCACCACGAGAGCCGCCACUUCCUAGCAACACCUCCAACUCAAUCCCCUCGGAUUACUCUGACCUGCUCGAAGCCUUCAGCCGCACUAAGGCUGCCCGCCUGCCACCUCAUAGACCGGGGGAUUGCGCCAUUGAUCUCGUCCCAGGAACGUCACCACCCCGAGGACGGGUGUUUCCCCUGUCCCGGGCCGAGUCCGAGGCCAUGAACUCUUACAUCCAGGAGGAACUGGCCAAGGGAUUCAUCACCAUCGACCUCGCCCGCCUCGGCGGGUUUCUUCUUUCUUUGGAACAGCUGCGAUCCGCCCGGAUUUUCACCAAGCUGGACUUACGCUCUGCUUACAACCUGAUCAGGAUUCGAGCGGGGGACGAGUGGAAGACCGCGUUCUCGACCACCUCGGGGCACUACGAGUACCGGGUGAUGCCCUUCGGACUGGCCAAUAGUCCUUCCUGUUUCCAAUCCUUUGUCAACGAGGUCUUCCGGGAUAUGCUCAAUCGGUGGGUGAUCGUCUACAUUGAUGACAUCCUGAUCUACUCAGGGUCCCUUCCCGAACACAUCAACCAUGUCAGACUGGUACUACAACGCCUUAUCAAGCAUCAGCUUUACGCUAAGGAGGAGAAGUGCGAAUUCCACCGAGACACGAUCUCCUUCCUGGGUUACAUCAUCAGUGCGGAGGGGGUCGCCAUGGAUGAGAAGAAGGUGAAUGCGGUCUUGAAGUGGCCCCGUCCCAGCACACUCAAGGAGCUCCAGCGCUUCCUGGGCUUCGCAAACUUCUACCGACGCUUUAUACGCCACUUCAGCUCCGUCGCAGCUCCUCUCACGGCCAUGGUCAGGAAGGGGGCCUCUCGCCUAGCCUGGUCCCAACCUGCCCUCCAGGCCUUUGACGACCUGCGUCAAAGGUUCACCACCGCGCCCAUUCUCCAUCACCCUGACCCGGAUCGACCUUUCAUUGUGGAGGUGGACGCGUCCAGCACCGGCGUUGGGGCCGUACUGUCCCAGCGACACGGCGAACCGGCCAAGAUGUUCCCCUGCGCCUACUUCUCGCACAAACUCAGUCCAGCUGAGAGAAAUUAUGACGUUGGCAACCGGGAACUGCUGGCUAUCAAGCUGGCGCUGGAGGAAUGGCGGCACUGGCUUGAGGGAGCUAAACACCCCUUCACAGUUCUCACCGAUCACAGGAACCUGGAGUACUUACGAUCAGCAAAGGUUCUCAACCAUCGCCAGGCCAGGUGGUCCUUGUUUUUCACCCGAUUCCAGUUUCAAGUCUCCUACCGACCAGGCACCCAGAACACAAAGGCUGACGCCUUGUCUCGUAUCCACGAACCCGGUCAACCUGUCGCCUCUUCGGAGCCUGUGUUACCUACCACCCUGAUACUUGCUCCGGUUUCAUGGGAUCUUAUGACCGAGAUUGCCGAGGCCCAGCUCCUGGAUCCUACUCCCACGGAAUGCCUUCCUAAUCUCACCUACGUUCCUCUGAGCUUACGCCCCAGGGUCCUCAGCCAGGUUCACACAGCACCCAGCUCUGGGCACCCAGGCAUCGAGGCCUACCUUGCACCUCCUCCACAAUCGUUUCUGGUGGCCGACCCUCCGCCACGACACCAUCAAGUUCGUGCAGAGCUGCGCCCCAUAGACUUUGUUACGGACCUGCCUCCCUCUAACGGGUAUACCACCAUCCUGUCAGUGGUCGACCGUUUCUCCAAGGGCUGCCGGUUCAUCCCACUCCCCAAGCUUCCUACCGCCAUGGAGACUGCGGAGCACCUAUGCAACUGGGUCUUCAGGCUCUAUGGACUACCUGAGGACAUUCUAUCCGACCGAGGUCCCCAGUUUACCUCUCGUCUUUGGGCCAGCUUCUUCGGUCUCCUGGGAGUCAACGUCAGCCUUACUUCAGGGUACCACCCACAGGCCAACGGCCAGGUCGAAAGGCUGAACCAGGAGUUAACUCGCUUCCUCCGCUCCUACUGCCUCGACCAUCAGGAGGACUGGAGCCGUUACCUGUUCUGGGCCGAAUACGCCCAGAACUCUCUUCGCAAACCUGCCACCAACCUCACCCCUUUCCAGUGCACCCUAGGGUUCCAGCCUCCCCUUUUCCCCUGGUCAGGGGAACCAUCUGACCUGCCAGCAGUUAACUCCUGGUUCCAGCGCAGCGAGGAGACCUGGGACCGCGCUCACGUCCACCUCCAGGGCGCCAUCCGCCGCUAUCAGGAACAGGCCAACCGCAGACGCCGCCCCAAUCCCGCCUACGAACCCGGCCAGUGGGUCUGGCUGUCAACCCGGGACCUCCGACUCCGUCUCCCUUGUAAAAAGCUCAGUCCCAGGUACGUGGGUCCCUUUAAGAUCAUAAAACAAAUCACUCCUGUAUCAUACCGUCUUGAAUUAUCUGCCGAAUACCGGAUCUCACCCACCUUUCAUGUCUCUCUGUUUAAGCCCGCUGACGAUCCGGCUGGAGUGGAGAACCUAGAGGGGACCGCCUCCCAGGGACCAGCCCCCAUAGUCGUCGACGGCGAGGAGGUUUACCGGGUGAACACCAUCCUGGACUCCCGACGCCGGAGAGGUCAGCUGCAGUAUUUGGUCGAUUGGGAGGGCUUUGGCCCUGAGGAGAGAUCGUGGGUCGCCUCCGGGGACAUCCUAGACCCCUCUCUCACUACUGACUUUCACACUCAACACCCUGAUCGACCAGCCCCCCGAGAUCAGACGUGGAUGUCAGUGUGUGACACUGCCUUUGACCAGCAGGAUGCAGAGGUUGUGUGUAGAGAGCUGGACUGUGGGGCUCCUGUACAGGUGCUGGGAGCAGCUGCUUUUGGCAAAGGAGACACUCAGAUGUGGACACAAGAGAUUCAGUGUAGAGGAAAUGAAUCUCAGAUUCACUUCUGUCCAACAUCACCAUCACAUGAAAAAAACUGUUCUCAUGACAGUCAUGUUGGACUGGCUUGUGCAGAUAAUGUUAGAGUGAGGUUGGUUGGUGGUCACAGUCGCUGUGCUGGUAGAGUGGAGGUUCUUCAUAGAGGUCAGUGGGGAACAGUGUGUGAUGUUGGCUGGGAUAUGGCUGAUGCUGCAGUGGUGUGUAGAGAACUGGACUGUGGAGAACCUGUAGAUGCUCUGGGUGGUGCUCAUUUUGGACAAGGAUCAGGACCAAUCUGGGAUGAUCUCAUGUUAUGUACUGGAUCAGAAUUUUCACUGAAGAUUUGUGCAUCAGUAAUCUGUUUUUAUAACUGUGAUCAUACUAACGAUGCAGGAGUCAUCUGCUCAGAUGUCAAGCUUGCUGGAAACACCAGUUGCUCUGGGAGGUUAGAGAUACUUCAUGAUCAGACGUGGAUGUCAGUGUGUGACGCUGCCUUUGACAAGAAGGAUGCAGAGGUUGUGUGUAGAGAGCUGGACUGUGGGGCUCCUGUACAGGUGCUGGGAGCAGCUGCUUUUGACAAAGGAGACACUCAGAUGUGGACACAAGAGAUUCAGUGCAGAGGAAAUGAAUCUCAGAUUCACCUCUGUCAAACAUCUCCAUUGCACAAACACAACUGUUCUCAUGAUAAUUACCAAGGGCUACUGUGUGCUGAUAAAAAAAAUGUGAGGUUGGUCGAUGGUAACAGUCCAUGUGCUGGUAGAGUGGAGGUUCUUCAUAGAGGUCAGUGGGGAACAGUGUGUGAUGUUUGGGAUAUGGCUGAUGCUGCAGUGGUGUGUAGAGAACUGGACUGUGGAGAACCUGUAGAUGCUCUGGGUGGUGCUCAUUUUGGACAAGGAUCAGGACCAAUCUGGAUGGGUGGUGUAUUUUGUGCUGGAUCAGAGUCUACUCUAAAGAACUGUGGCUCAUCAGGAUGGAGCAUACAUGGCUGUACUCACAAUCUUGAUGCCAGUGUCAUCUGCUCAGGUCAUAUACCUUCUCGACUGGUUAAUGGAUCUCACCUGUGCUCUGGGAGGUUAGAGAUAUUUCAUGAUCAGACGUGGAUGUCAGUGUGUGACGCUGCCUUUGACCAGCAGGAUGCAGAGGUUGUGUGUAGAGAGCUGGACUGUGGGGCUCCUGUACAGGUGCUGGGAGCAGCUGCUUUUGGCAAAGGAGACACUCAGAUGUGGACACAAGAGAUUCAGUGCAGAGGAAAUGAAUCUCAGAUUUCAUUCUGUUCAAUAUCAUCAUCAAACAAACACAACUGCACUGGUGACAACACUGUGGGAGUGAUCUGUUCUGGUUACGCAGAUAUUAAACUGGUAAACAGUUCAGACUCUUGUUCUGGAAGAGUGGAGCUUCAGUUCCUCAGUAAAUGGGGCACAGUGUGUGAUGCAUGCUGGGAUAUGAGAGCUGCCAGUGUCCUCUGUAGACAGCUGAAUUGUGGGAUUGCUGUGUCUGUUGUGGGAUCAGACUGGUUUGGAGAGGGAAGUGGUGAAAUCUGGGCUGAUGUGUUUGAUUGUGACGGGAAUGAAACAAAACUCUCAGAAUGUUCCAUCUCUUCAUGGAGUCGAGCUGAAUGUUCUCAUAGACGAGAUGUUGGAGUCAUCUGCUCUGAUUCCUCUCUGGCUCUUCAUGAUGGUCUGGUGCGGUUGUCUGGAGAGAGACAGUGUGAGGGGGAGGUGGAAGUUUUCAUCCAUCAGGUCUGGAGGAGAGUUCUGCUGGACUCCUGGAGUCUCACUGAAUCCUCUGUGGUCUGCAGACAGCUGGGCUGUGGCUCUGUGCUGAACUUCUACGGCUCCUCUUCAUCCAGUCCUGAACACAGUCAUGAGUGUGUGACGGGCUUCCAGUGCUCUGGGAGUGAAGCUCAUCUGGGGAACUGCAGCUCUCCACAAACUCUCAACUGCAGCUCCACACAACAGCUGUCAAUCACCUGCCUUGGUCACAGGUCCAUCAGGCUGGUGGGUUCUGGGGGAGACUGUGCAGGGAGGCUGGAGGUUUUUCACAGCGGCUCAUGGGGGACAGUGUGUGAUGACUCCUGGGAUAUUAAAGAUGCCCAUGUGGUGUGCAGACAGCUGCAGUGUGGAGUGGCCCUCAGUAACCAGCAGGUACCAGCCUGGUUUGGUCCUGGUUCUGGACCCAUAUGGCUGGAUGAGGUGGAGUGUGAGGGGAAUGAGACGUCCCUGUGGAGCUGCUCUUCUCCAGGCUGGGGAAAACAUGACUGUAAUCACAAGGAGGAUGUAGGAGUUGUGUGCUCAGAGUUUAAAGAGAUCAGGUUAACUGAGGGCUGUGAAGGGAAUGUGGAGGUUUUCUACAAUGGAUCCUGGGGUAAUGUGUGCUGGAACCAGAUGGACAGAGACACAGUGAGUCUGAUCUGUCAAGAGCUGAACUGUGGAAGAUCUGGUGUUUUGUCUGGUUCUACACCAAGAGUGGAAUCAGCUCCUAACUGGCUGGAUGAAGUAACAUGUCGACCACAUGAUUCAAACCUGUGGCAGUGUCCAUCUUCACCCUGGGGACAGAAUGACUGUGGUGAAGAAGAAGUGGCCAAAAUCAUCUGCUCAGAACAGGGGAGUGAUGAGUCUCCUCGAAGCUAUCUGACAUGCUCCACAUCUCCCCACCACAGACAGUGUUCAGACCAUCUUCCUCUCAGACUGAGUGGAGGGGAGGGCCGGUGCUCUGGGAGGCUGGAGGUGUAUCAUAACGCUGUGUGGGGCUCAGUCUGUGAUGAUCAGUGGGACAUCAGUGAUGCUCAGGUGGUCUGCAGGCAGCUGGGUUGUGGAGCAGCACUGAGGGCUGAUGGGAAUUCAGUCUUUGGUGCUGGUGAAGGUGUUGUGUGGCUGAACAGAGUCGAGUGCAGAGGGAAUGAGAUUCACCUGUGGGACUGUCCUCUCUCCCUGAAAAACCACACUGACUGCUCCCACAAAGAGCACGCUGGACUCACCUGUGCAGAUUUGCCAGAUUUGUCAGUGUCCACUACUCCUGCCACAACAACAUCAGCUUCUCCUCCAGUUUCUCCUCCAGUGCAUCAACAUCAGUCACUCUCCACAAACUCCUCCAGCAGU